AUGAAGAAGCUCGUAAGCUUGGUCCUCUUCAGUCUAGCGUCAUGUAAUGAAGACACCCAUAAAUACGAAAAAGAUGAGCACGUCCAGUUAUGGAUGAAUACAGUCGGACCGUAUCACAAUCGACAAGAGACGUAUGAGUAUUUUUCGCUACCUUUUUGCAAGGGAGAUGAACACGAAAACGUCGGAAAAGUCAGACAUCAUCAUAAUAUCGGUGAUGCUCUUCAGGGAGUAGAGCUUGUCCAUAGUGGACUGGACAUGAAGUACAAGACCGAUAUCUCUUCCCGUAAAUACUGCCAAGUGACGCUGGACAAAUCCAAGCUCGACCAGCUGGUGUACGCCGUGGAGCACCACUACUGGUACCAAAUGUACAUCGACGAUUUGCCCGUGUGGGGAGUUGUCGGUGAAAUACCCAAAACAGACGAUGACAAGAAGCCCGAUCAUUUUUACAUCUGGACGCACAAGAAGUUCGAAAUCGGAUACAAUGGAGACAGAAUCGUCGAUGUCUCGAUGACAUCCGAGAAUAAGAUCAAGCUCACAGAAGGGAUGGAGAUUCCUUUCACUUAUGAAGUCAUUUGGACAGAAUCGAACGUAGAAUUCAGCAAAAGAUACGACAAGUAUCUCGAUCCAUCUUUCUUCCAGCACAGAAUUCACUGGUUCUCGCUUUUCAAUUCCUUUAUGAUGGUGCUCUUCCUUGUCGGCCUCGUAUCGAUGAUUCUGAUGCGAACUCUGCGAAAAGAUUACGCUCGAUAUUCAAAAGAGGAAGAACUUGACGACCUCGAACGCGAUCUUGGAGACGAGUACGGAUGGAAGCAGAUUCACGGCGACGUUUUCAGACCUGCGAAUCAGCGAAUGCUUUUCUGCUCGCUCAUCGGAACUGGAGCUCAAAUUUGCGCAACUGUCACUGUUGUCGUUCUUCUUGUAAUUAUGGGUCAUCUUUACACCGAGCACGGUGAAAUGGUCUCCACUGGUCUCUUCACAUACGCAGUUCUGGCGCCUGUAAAUGGCUACGUCGGAGGCGGACUUUACGCUAGAAUGGGCGGAGUGACGUGGAUCAAGCAAAUGUUCUGCAGUGCGUUCUUGCUCCCCGUUUUGGUCUCCGGAACCGCUUUGGCCGUCAAUUUCAUUGCCAUCUCAUACCACGCUUCUAGAGCUAUUCCAUUCACGACUAUGCUCGCUCUCAUCGCUCUCGCCGGCUUUGUCAUUUUCCCCUUGACACUGGUUGGCACUGUCAUCGGCAAGAAUAUCUCCGGUGCACCGAACUUCCCUUGUCGAGUAAAUGCCGUCCCUCGCCCCAUCCCCGAGAAGCGCUGGUUCAUGGAGCCCUUCAUGAUUUCCAUCCUGGGCGGCAUCCUCCCAUUCGGCUCAAUCUUCAUCGAAAUGUAUUUCAUUCUCACCUCCUUUUGGGCGUACAAGAUCUACUACGUCUAUGGAUUUAUUCUCCUCGUCCUUGGAAUUUUGAGCACAGUGACGAUCUGCGUUACGAUCGUUUGCACCUACUUCUUGCUCAAUUCCGAGGACUACAGAUGGCAUUGGACCUCAUUCUUGUCUGCUGCGAGUACAGCCGGCUACGUGUACAUUUACUCAAUUUAUUAUUUCUUCUUCAAGACGAGGAUGUAUGGGCUCUUCCAGACCGCUUUCUACUUCGGCUACAUGGCGAUGUUCUGCCUUGGUUUGGGUCUCAUGUGCGGUGGACUGGGAUACUUGGGGACAUCGCUCUUUGUUCAUAAAAUCUACACUUACGUGAAGAUCGACUAG